AUGGCGGUUCAACGGCGUGGUUACAUUUUCGGUGCAUUUCUUUUGAGUGUUUUGUGUGUAUUAUUGGUUGUUGUGGGUAUAUCUAGUGAUAGUUGGGUAGUAUGUACUACCGUAGCCGACAGUUCAGCACUCGACGGUAACUUCAGAUAUGGUCUAUUCCGAGGAGAAAUAUUGGUAUAUGGACUGGCAACACCAAACAUCCACACUAUGUAUAUGACAUGCAUCGUAGAGUUGAACGCGUGUGCUGUCAGCUGUAAAACUGAAGAGGACGCGAGGCAAAUGGAGGUACGAGCACUGGCGCAAGGUUUUCAACCCAGGGCAGAUUGUAUCUCCUCAACAGACGUAGAUGAAUCUCAUCAAUCGGAUAAUCCUCCAGUAAUAUCAUUCGCGUUUUACGUGAGCCUCUUGGUGAUAUUGUUCUUGCAGCUGACAUUUGGAGUUUUAUCUGCGGCAUUAGCUAUCAUUAACGCCACCAAAAAUCCUACGGAGCCAGUUUUCGGCUUACCUGGGUGUCUCUGGGCUAACGUGGUUACAGCGAUCCUGGGUGUAGUAUCUCUUUUUAUGUUCGGUAUUAACUGGACCGCAUCAGGGCUGAGCGAUCACUUGGCUGUGUCAUAUAUAGCUUUUGGUUACUUCACCCCAAUAGCCUCUCUAGGAUUCUCUUACUGGUUACUAAUUCCAGCAACAUUGUGUCCAAUAGCGAAUGUUGGUCUCAUUCAGAGCAGAUCGUACCUUCUUGAGAAGGACCCACCGCCACCAACGAUCAAAUUGGAGAAUCAUUCUGACGGCACCAUAUUCUUAUAUUAA